AUUACGUCCUUACGUAAAGUUCCUGCGUGCGGUACGUAGACUAGACACACAAGGUCGUUUUUUGUGGCCGUGUUUGAAGAUGAUGUCGCUGGCUGCCCGCUCAGGGGCUUUCUCCCCGUACAUGCAGGCGACAGCCUUCACGGUGGCGGGGCCGCUGAAAGCGCUGGUCCCCGGCGUGGUUGUAAAGGGGGAAAAGGUCUUGUUGGACACCAAGAAGCCGUUCCUGUGCCGCGAGUCGCUGAGCGGUCAAAGCCCGAAGACCGGGCCUGCUGUGUCUGUUAGCAUCAACGGCAGGGCGGGUGUCCGGUUUGCUCACACAGACAUCAGGAUACCAGACUUCUCUGACUACAGGCGCCCGGAGGUGCAGGACCCCAACAAGCCGUCCAAUGAGAGCAGUGAAUCCAGGAGAGCCUUCUCCUACCUGCUCACCGGGGCCACAGCCGUAGUGAGCGUUUACGCUGCCAAGACAGUCGUCACUCAGUUUGUUUCCUCCAUGAGUGCCUCUGCUGAUGUCUUGGCCAUGUCUAAAAUCGAAAUCAAGCUGAGCGAAAUCCCUGAAGGCAAGAACAUGACCUUCAAGUGGCGUGGUAAGCCUCUGUUUGUGCGUCAUCGCACAGAGAAGGAGAUUGCAGCAGAAGAUGCUGUCAGCCUGGCAGAGCUGCGAGAUCCUCAAGAAGACAAGGACCGGGUCAUCAAUCCCAAGUGGGUCAUCGUCAUCGGAGUCUGCACGCACCUGGGCUGUGUCCCCAUCUCCAACGCAGGAGACUACGGAGGCUACUACUGUCCAUGUCACGGGUCACACUACGAUGCCUCGGGUCGCAUUAGGAAAGGUCCCGCCCCCCUCAACCUGGAGGUGCCCUACUAUGAGUUUCCAGAUGACGACACGGUGGUGGUUGGAUGAGAAGCAGUGCUGUGCUUUUAUGUGGAGGCGUUUAUGUUGACAAAAAGUAUCAUCCUUCAGACACCAAAGAUCAUCUCCUAACACUUGUUCUUUUCUGGUCCUGCUCAGACACAGAGGCCUGCAGGAGCUGAUGUCUGUCGUACAUUACACCCAUAAAGAACAUUCCUGAUUCCAUCUGUUCUGUAGAAUAAAGCCUCCCUAUUUUCAUCUGUAGUCUGAUUAAAAUCAAUAUGUUCAGAUGUGGUGAAUAAAGAUUUCUAUUUUAUUUGAAA